AUGCCUUCAUACUUGGAGUCAUGCGCGGUUCUCCUCGCAAUUACGCCAAUUGCUGCCUCACUUCCUGCACCAGAGCUAAUGGCAUCAUGCAAUCAAACAUCGCUCAUGAAUGCAGCAGAUGCUUAUGUUGCUGCUCAAACGGCGGGACAGCUUGAUCCACUUCAGAGCUCCCUUGCUGGAAAUUGGACUUAUCAAGAAAACAACAAUGUGAUGAACGUUCAUAAUGGUGUUCUAAGCAAAGCUCUGAAAAUCGACCACCGCCGCACCAAUCUCGACACAACAUCGUGCGCUUCGUAUACCGAAUUGGUCAUCACAGAUUCAGCAAAUCCGUAUGUGAUUGGCACUCAGAUUCACCACGGGACUGACAUGCAAGUUACAAUGAUCGACUCCAUUGCGUCCACCACCAACUCGUGGCUUUUCAACGCGAGUAAGACAUUACAACACGUGCUCGAGGAGAAAUGGGAUCCUAUUCCACUGUCCGCUCGCGACAGUCGAACAGUGAUUCAAGCUGCUGGAGAUGCUUACUUGGAUAUGUGGAGCAAUGCUACUGCCUCUGACGCUGUACCUUGGGGUACACCUUGCACUCGACUUGAAGGUUCGGCGUACACUGGGUCGGGAAAGCCGACCGAUUCUUGCAAGCCUGGUAUUCCGUCCAACCAUACACAAGCUCCAAAUACUCAUCGACGCUAUGUUGUUGACGAAUCUAUGGGUUCUGUAAGCAUCUUCUGUGUGUGGGAGCAUAUGAUGAUGGCAGCGGAUAGCCACGAAUUUCGGCUCGAAGGAGGCAAGCUACGAUAUGUUCACACGAUGACUGUCUGUGGCGGAAAACCUUGCAAGCUUUGA